UAUUUAUUGACGAGUAUUUCCUUCAUCGGGACAAACCACUUCUGGACAAGCGACCAGCCUGCGCUCAUAUCACACUCACACCGUGUGUGUGUGUGUGCGUGUGUGUCAUCAUACCUUCACUUUUGUGCCCACGAGGGACCCACGGAGAGUCGAUCGACACUCUCUGUCUCCUCCCACCGACGUCCCUGCCUCCGUGCGCGGCCACACCUGCAGUAGAACCAGGAAAGUCCGUCCCGUGCGGAGGCAGAGAGACAGCAGCUCCACACACUCUCUCUGUCUCACACACACACACACACACACACAGAGAGAGCGAGAGAGAGCGGACAGGCAGUUAGCCGGUCACUGACAGCAGCUCCCAUCACAUCGCUCCACACCACGAACCUGCUCAUAUGAUCGCGGAUGAGAGGACGAGGACAUGAAGGCAAACAGCGACUGGAGCCUCUGACACUCUUCACGUAACCGCGUGCUGGGAAUGAAGAUUAAAAAGACGAGGGAGAGGAGCACGGUAAUGUGAAGUGAGCGCACAGAUGACUGCUGCCACUCCACUGCAAAACCAAAAUUUUGCACAUGUUUGGAUUCUUUGCUUUGGAUGCUGAUCAGCGGUUUCAUUCAAAAAGGAGCACAGACCCUGAACUGAUUUAUCUGCCGUAGAACCAGGACGGAUAAACUCUGUACCCUGGACGACCCACACUUCUCUUAUAUGGAGCAGCUUCCCAAAACAUCUGGAAUUUUGUGCUGAUCCGUACACGCUGGUGAAAGUCUAAGAACUUAAAAAGAUUACUGACUGGAUGACGUGGUGGCGGCUUCUCUACUCAGCAGGCUGGGAGUGGCAUUAAAAUGCCUGAACUGCAUAACUUUCCCCCCGUGAGAGAGAACAGUGUCCCUGAACUGGGUUUAAAUGAACCGGCAAACCCAGCUCAGAUUCAGCACAGCAUCCUGGAGGAGCAGGUGGAGCUGUGGUGGUUCAGGGAUCCCGGGAAGUCCCUGCUCUGCUACUGUGUGUCUGUGCUUCUCAUCCUGGGCUGUGGGCUGGGCGGAGUUGGACUUCUCUCCACCACCACGAGUGUCUCGAGUGAAUGGCGGCUGGGCGUGGGCACGGCCCUCUGCCUGCUCGCCCUGGGAGUCCUGCUCAAACAGCUGCUGAGCUCGGCCGUGCAGGACAUGAACUGCAUUCGGAGCCGGCAGCGAAUUGACAUGCUAAAAAGCGGCGGUUUAUCCGACCUCCUUGUGGUUUUCAUUACUGGCCUGUCACUGUUAAUUUGUGGAGGGGUCCUGCUGCAUCUGGCCCUGGCUAACCACAUGCCCAAGCCCGGUCAAGCCCUUAAUGACAUGUACAUCUCUGGAGUGGUUUUGCUGGCAGGAGGGGGGGCCGCAGUCGUGGGUGUCGGGAUUUACUCCGUUGUGAUUAUCCUGCUGGAGAGAACGAGACACGGACGGCGGUUGGUGGACCGGGUUUGGAAUAUUUUCACCGUUUCCGGGCGCAUGGAGCACCAGGCUCGCAGAGAGACUACGUCCAGUCUGGCUAAUCUCAUAUGAGACGUAACCAGAUUAAGACUGUGUAUGUUUGCCUCAUGCUCGUGUGCAAUUAACCACAGCACAUGAUUUAUGUUAGAGUUUUAGGGACACAUGUAGAAAAAAAAAAAUUGAAAGAAAGAAAAAAAAUAAAAUAAACCAGCAUGAAUUCCGAAUUUUUUUCUCAGAAUUCUAAUUGUAAUCUCAGAACUUGGGGGACUUUUUCUUUAAUCUCAGAAUUCUGACUUGAAUCUCAGAAUUUUCUCAGAAUUCUGACUUUAAUCUCAUUCAAAUUUUUUUUUUUCCUCAUAAUUCUAAAUUUGAUCUCAGAAUUUUCUCAGAAUUCUGACUUUAAUCUCAGAAUUUUCUAAUUCUGACUUUAAUCUCAGAAUGUUCUAAUUCUUACUCUAUUCUCAGAAUUCAUGCUGGUUGUUUUCUCUCAAAUGUUUUUUGUGUGGCCCUAAUACUCCAUCAUAAUUAAAACACUCUACAUGUUUCAUCUUUUCACCACCUCAGUGUGUGUAUGAGAUAAAAAACAAAAACCUGUGAGAGUUUGCAGAUGUUAUUAAUAGCUCCCAGAUUACAGCUGCAGAAUGAAAAGACUGAAGAGUAGCACAACGACAAAGAACGGAUUAACUAUAGUGUGAUGCUCACAAUCUCAAUUCACAUGAGCGGUUUACAAGCGAGAGGUAUUUUAAAGUUAAAAUCAAUUAACAUUCUCUAAUUAAUACACCACGAGGACCACAUGAGACUAAAAAGGUGCUGCCUGUGGCAGAGAAGAGCUGUGGAUUUGUAUGUUUUUUUAAAACGAAAAGCACAUAUUUUUAAUGCUGGUAAUGUUAGUUUCACCAAUAUGGAAUUAAAUACACCGAUCAUGUUAGCAUAACAUGCCAUGGUUCCAUGUGACUCCUGAAAUAAUCUUAUGUAUUGUAUAAACAAAAUGUGAAUAAUUUAUCUAUUAUAAGUGUUUAUCCCUGACCAUACAUUGGACCGCACUUGCUUCUGUCAUCGUAGAAGUGUCAUGGGUAUAAAGAACCACCUGGAAAUGUAAAUAGUAACCACAGAAACAUGUAAUAUAUGGGUAAACUAAUGUAAAGUUUCCUAAUUUGUAUUGCUUAUACCACCCUCACCUUGUGUAUGUCCACAUGAACGUAUGCAAAUUUACAGCCGACAAUUUGACUGCGGAUAAAAACCAAACCUCGACAAUAGGCGAGAUUUAACGUGGGUUAAACCUCAUUUAGUUUAAAUUACUUUGAGACAGACAUGUCAAAAAGUUCAUUACAAUAUUGGGCUGAAUCAAAACCUGGUUGUUGGAGAAUUAUCAUAACAAAGCACUUUAGACUGUAUGAAUAAAUAUGAAAGUUUUUUUUUUAAGUUGUCCAUCCACACAGUAUUUAUGUAGCACCUUGUGUUCUUCUAUAUUGUUUUAUAUUAAACUGAAUCAAUCGACUGUGUGUAAUGUAAAGUGGACACUCGAUGCAUGAGUCGUGGUUUAUUCAGACUUUCGGCUUUAUGCUGACUCAUCUGUUUUUUUAUGCUUUGGAUGUCAUUUUAUCACGAAUCCCUGUGGACGACGAGCAACACGCUCAGAUAAACCGAAUGUGCAUCACCUACUAAAUGGACAAUUUGGUUGAAUUUGAUGAAGCAGUCACUCAACCUUUUCAAGAAUUUUGGUCAAUUAAAUGUGUUUUUCUCAGGGGCUGGAGGGGAAUUAAAACAAAAGAAUAAAGAGAGGGUGAAUGCUGUA